AUGGAGGCCUCCCGCAAGCGCGCCCGCACCGGCGGCGAGGAGGGCGAGCCCGUGGCGGUCGCUGCCGGCUUCGAGGCGCCCAUCUUUGGCGCGCGCGCCGUCGGCCAGGUCACUACGCUCGCGCUCGAGGGCGAGGACGGACCUCUGGCGUCCCUCAACCUGCGCGGCGUCGCAAGCGAUCACGCGGGCGCCUGGUACGUCGCGACUUUGGUCUCGGUGCUGCACGUCUCGGCGGCCGAGCGCGUGCGCACCGUGGCGACCUGCGAAGGCGGCGGGUUCUCCGGCGUCGCCCUCAGCCCGGACGGGAGCGCGCUGUUUGUGGCGGAUGCCGGCAACAACAAGAUCCGUCGGGUGGAGGUGGCGACGGGUACUGUGACGGCGACUGCGGGUAGCGGCGAAGGAGGCGACGCGGAUGGCGUGGGCGGCGCGGCAGAGUUCCACUGCCCAUGGGGCGUCACUGUCAGCCCGGAUGGCAGCGCGCUGUUUGUGGCGGACUGCGACAACAACAAGAUCCGUCGGGUGGAGGUGGCGACAGGCGCGGUGACUACGCUCGCGGGUAGCGGCGAGGAAGGCGAUGAAGAUGGCGUGGGCGGCGUGGCGCAUUUCAACGGCCCAGCCGGCCUCGCCCUCAGCCUGGACGGGAGCGCGCUGUUUGUGGCGGACUUCUUUAGCCACAAGAUCCGUCGGGUGGAGGUGGCGACUGGCGCGGUGACUACGCUCGCGGGUAGCGGCGAAGAGGGCAGCGCUGAUGGCGUGGGCGGCGCGGCGCAGUUCCGCUUCCCACACGGCGUCACGAUCAGUCCAGACGGGAGCGCGCUGUUUGUGGCGGACAACGGCAACCACAAGAUCCGGCGGGUGUGGGUGGCGACGGGCGCGGUGACUACGCUCGCGGGUAGCGGCGCCAGGGGCAGCGCUGAUGGCGUGGGCGGCGCGGCGCAGUUCGAAUACCCAGUGGCCCUCGCCAUCAGCGCCGACAGCACAACGCUUUUGGCCCGCAUGGAGGGCUCGGCUCUCCGCCAGGUCUGCGUGGCGGCGCCUCCUCCGCCUCCCUCCUUCGCGCCGCUCGUGGUUCCGCCCUCCACCUUCUCCGCCGACAUGGGCAAGAUGUGGGGCGACGCUACUCUGCCCCAGGGUAUGGUCACCUUCCUGGUCGGCGACAACGAGGAGCGCGUCGAGCACGUGAGCAAGUGCGCCCUCUGCGUGCGGUCCGUGUUCUUUCGGACCAUGUUUGGCAUCGGCAUGAAGGAGCGCGACGCCGCCGAGGUCACGGUGCUCGAAACGGACCUCGCCAGCUUCACCGCCCUCGUCCGCUACCUCCUCACCGACCAGCUCGACCUCGGCGAGGGGGAGGGCGAGCAGGCGCGCCGCGCGCUCGUGCUGCGGCAGCUGGCGCAAAAGAACCCAG